GCGGGGGUUCUCUCUAGGAACCGAGGUCGGUAGCUAACGGGUGGCUGAGGGCAUUUACUGCUGUGUUCUAAGCGCGCUGCUAUUAAACGUGUUACUGGGAGCUCUUACUGUCGCUGUAGUGAGCUUUUGCGAUCAGCUAUUGCAGCUUCGUGGGGCUUUAUGAGCGUUGGACUUGAGGGCAGUGAGGCCCUGUCACUGCCCAGAGCUGUGGGUGCCCCAUCCCUGGAGGUGCCUGAGGCCAUGGAUGGGCCCUGGGCAGCCUGAGCUGGGGGGCAGCCAGCACACGGCAGGGAUGGGCAAUCUGUAAGGUCCCCUCCAUCCUCAGCCACUCUGUGAUUUCCAUCUUAAGAAAUAUUGAGAAGGAUCCCCCUGGCUGGAGGUGGAGCACAAACGUCUGUGUUUUCCUACAAUAAUAACUCAAUUUCUUUGGCACCUUUUAUCUCUGUAGUGUAGUUUACUAACUUUUGCAAUGGAAAUCUAAUUCAGCCCGUGCUGAGAAUGGAGUCCCAGCCUCUGCUGAGCACACCCAGCAAGUUUCCCAGCUGGACCUUGCUGCUGGCUGUUUGCUCUGUGGGAAUUGGAGGGACCUUUCAGUACGGAUAUAACGUUUCCAUUAUCAAUGCCCCCACUCAGCACAUACACAAGUUCUUAAAUGAAACCUGGGCCAGUCGUUAUCACGUGGAGCUCGAUCCAGAUCUGCUGACUUUUCUUUGGUCUGUCAUUGCUUCUGUCUUCUCACUUGGCGGCCUGUGCGGAGCCCUUAUCGGAGGCAGCAUGGCAAUUCAGCUUGGCAGGAAAGGAGCUCUUCUGAUGAAUAACGUUAUAGCCAUACUGGCUGCCAUUUUAAUGGGGGUCAGUUUUCCAGCAGGAUUGUUUGAGUUACUGAUCGUUGGAAGGUUUUUGAUUGGCAUUAAUUCAGGUGUUGGGCUCUGCGUGCAGCCCUUGUACCUUGGGGAGGUUGCCCCAAAACAUCUCCGAGGAGGCAUGGCCAUGGGUAGUUCCAUCUUUCUGACUGGGGGCAUUCUGAUGGGACAAAUAAUUGGUUUGAGGGAAAUAUUGGGUGCAGAAGCGUAUUGGCCUCUUCUGCUCUCUAGCAGCUGUGUUCCAGCCUUUGCCCAACUUUUAUUCCUGCCAUGGUUUCCUGAAAGUCCCAGAUAUCUUCUUAUUGAUAGAGGUGAUGAGCUGAGCUGUGCCCAAGCUCUGAGGCGAUUUCACGGCUCUUCACGGUUCCAAAGGGAGAUGGAAGACAUACAGAGGGAAUGUUUUGCCUUGGAUGGGGAGAAACCCAAGAAGCCCUGGCAACUCUUCACUGAUCGCGCUGUGAGAUGGCAGCUCGUCACUGUCAUUGUGAUGACUAUGGGCCAGCAGCUCAGCGGGAUAAAUGCUAUUUAUUUCUAUGCAACCUACAUUUUCAAGCAAGCUGGGAUCUCGACCGAAAAAAUCCCCUAUGUGACACUCGGCACCGGCGCUUGUGAAUGCCUCACAGCACUCACCUGUGGUUUUCUUAUAGACCGCGUGGGAAGAAGAUAUCUCCUCCUCGGGGGAUACCUCCUCAUGACCCUCUGGAGCAUUGUUCUGACGUUCUCUCUGACUUACCAGGAGCUGUACUCGUGGGCGCCUUACGUGAGCAUGGCGUCGAUAUUUGCCUUCAUACUGAGCUUUGGGUUGGGACCAGGUGGCAUCACCAACACGCUGACAGCGGAAAUAUUUGUGCAGUCGUCGCGUCCCGCUGCCUGCACCAUUGGAGGGACUGUUAGCUGGAUUAGUUUCUUCACCGUUGGAAUGCUUUUUCCCUUUAUAGUGAAAGGACUGAAGCAGUACUGUUUCGUGGUGUUCUUACUGGAGUGCUCCUUAGUUGCUGCCUUCAUCUUCCUCGUAAUUCCUGAGACAAAAAACAAAUCUUUUCUGGAAAUCAAAAAGGAAUUUCACAAACUUAAUUUUGGAGGAAAGAGCAAAGAAAAGGAAACAGAACUUAAUGAAAGAAGCCAACUCCAUGAUGAAUAUUAAAAGAAAGUGUAAUUUUGCAGCUGUAACAGAACAACCUUAAUGAGAAUUACAAAUGCUGUCCUCUAAAUUAGCACUGUAAUGCUAUGAACAAGUAGUUUGUUACUUCCUCCUGCAUAUUUAGAGGAAGUUUUACCUGCUUUUAGUUAAUCUUUCUAAAACACUGUUAACACAGAUACUGCUGAACUGCUGUUAGAACAUGUUCUGUACAGAAGGCUCGAUGUUUAGAUAAAACUUGAUGAUGUAAGAGUACAGAAAUGGGGGUAGGGGUUGUUAAAUGAAUUCCACUCCCCACUGCCUCCAGCAGAUGCCUUUGGAUAGGCACUCUACUGCAGUAACUCUUUCAGUUCUAAGCUCCUUCUUCAGAUCCAAGCAUCAAGCAUCUGUUAGUGCUUCACUGAAGAAUAUAUAGCUUGUAGUCUGAGGUGUUCAACCCAAACAGGAACUGACCCACUGCAGAGCUGGUAUUUGAAAUACUCUACUCAGUACAUUAACUUGAGGUCUUUAGUUGCUGCUUUUUAAUUUAAAUAACCUCAGUGUAAGAUGUAAGGACAUUAAAUCCCUGCUGGUUCUCCUGCAAUGACAUAGGCAGUCCAUCUCAAAGUAAUCAAGGCAGUACGACACCAAUGCGAUUUCUCUUUAUUAGAUUGUCUUAACUAGCAUUGAGGUUUAGUAGAAAGGUUUGUUUCUUAGAACAGUAAUAAUAAAACAGUUCCUGGUGUUUGA